AUGAACUUGCCUAGAGCUGAGCGCCUUCGCUCUACACCUCCGCGCCGCCUCCGGGGCUCCGACGGGGAAGAUGGUGAGAUCGAUAUCCUGGGAGAGGGGGAAGAUGAAGAGGAGGAGGAAGAUGAGGAACCCGAGGGAAGUCAGCGGUUCCCAGAGCCUCUGCACCAGCCGCAGCCGCAGGAGGCGCGGCAGGGGGCUGGCGCGCUUCCCGGAGAGCGCACCGAGAGCAGCGGCGGCCCGAGCAACUCUUCCGAAUUCUGCCCCAAGUUCGGGGUUUCGACCGGGUCUACAGUGGUCUCUCGGGACGCCCCGCAGCCGGCGAAGCCCCCCUACUCUUAUAUCGCGCUCAUCACCAUGGCCAUUCUGCAGAGCCCGCAAAAGCGCCUCACGCUCAGCGGCAUCUGCGCCUUCAUCAGUGGCCGCUUCCCUUACUAUCGCCGCAAGUUCCCCGCCUGGCAGAAUAGCAUCCGCCACAACCUCUCCCUCAAUGACUGCUUCGUCAAGAUCCCCCGCGAGCCAGGACACCCGGGUAAGGGCAACUACUGGAGCCUGGACCCCGCCUCCCAGGACAUGUUUGACAACGGCAGCUUCCUUCGGCGCAGGAAGCGCUUCAAGCGCCACCACCCACCUCCCGAAGCCCACCUGCACCAUCCCUUCCCCCUGUCCGCUGCGCCCGCUGCUCUGCACUGCCCCUACCCGAGCAUGCUGCUUGGGCCCCCGGCCCCACCACAGCGUGUCCCUGGGGCCUAUCCCGUCUCCAGCCCUGGGAGCCGCCAGUGCGCGCUGCUACAUCCUCACCCCCUCCGCUAUCUGCUGCUCUCCGCCCCGGCCUACGCUGAGGUUCUCAGGAAAGAGCAAGGCGCGGAUAUGGGGACCCCCGGCACCCUUCCGGCGCUGCAGCCCACGUUAGACUCCCAGCCUUGGGAAGAGAGCAAGGGGCCGGCGUCGCGGCCAGCUGGCGGAUGCACCUCCUUCAGCAUCGAGAGUAUCAUGCUAGGGGUCCAGGGAGCGGGUGCAGGCGCCGCGCAGAGUCUGCCCCCGACCCCGUGGGAUUACUGCCACCUGCUGCAGCGUUCGUCGUGCCUGUUGCAUCCUCAGGCCGCUGCCCCCUUGCUCCACGUAUCCGCUGCCAGGACAAUUUUGAAGCAGCAGCAGCAGGAUUGUACCAGCGGCUGCGCUCCCAGCAAGGGCGCUCUGCUGGGCCGUCACCUGUCCGCCACCGCGGCGCUGCUGGGGUGUCAGUCCGGAGCAGAGGGCUCUAGGCUGACGUCGCUGGUCGCCCUUUCGGGCGGAGAGGGGACCUCACCGGCCUUUUGA